CUUCCGAGCACAAAUACUGUCGGGAAGGCUACUGGCCGGAAAGCGCCACUGUGGCUGAGAGCGCAGUUUCAGAGACUCUUAUUUAAACUGGGUUGUUACAUUCAAAAAAACUGCGGCAAGUUCUUGGUUGUGGGCCUCCUCAUAUUUGGAGCCUUCGCUGUGGGAUUAAAGGCAGCUAAUCUCGAGACCAACGUGGAGGAGCUGUGGGUGGAAGUUGGUGGACGAGUAAGUCGUGAAUUAAAUUAUACUCGCCAGAAGAUUGGAGAAGAGGCUAUGUUCAAUCCUCAACUCAUGAUACAGACCCCAAAAGAAGAAGGUGCUAAUGUCCUGACCACAGAAGCCCUCCUACAACACCUGGACUCAGCACUCCAGGCCAGCCGAGUCCACGUAUAUAUGUACAACAGGCAAUGGAAAUUGGAACAUUUGUGCUACAAAUCAGGAGAACUUAUCACGGAAACAGGUUACAUGGAUCAGAUAAUAGAAUACCUUUACCCUUGUUUAAUUAUUACACCUUUGGACUGCUUCUGGGAAGGGGCAAAAUUACAGUCUGGGACAGCAUACCUCCUAGGUAAACCUCCUUUGCGGUGGACCAACUUUGACCCUUUGGAAUUCCUAGAAGAGUUAAAGAAAAUAAACUAUCAAGUGGACAGUUGGGAGGAAAUGCUGAAUAAGGCUGAAGUUGGCCAUGGGUAUAUGGACCGUCCCUGCCUCAAUCCAGCCGAUCCCGAUUGCCCCGCCACAGCCCCUAACAAAAAUUCAACCAGACCUCUUGAUAUGGCCCUUGUUUUGAAUGGUGGAUGUCAUGGAUUAUCCAAAAAGUAUAUGCACUGGCAGGAGGAGCUGAUUGUGGGUGGUACAGUCAAGAACAGCACUGGACAGCUUGUCAGCGCCCACGCCCUGCAGACCAUGUUCCAGUUAAUGACUCCCAAGCAAAUGUACGAGCACUUCAAGGGCUACGACUAUGUCUCACACAUCAAUUGGAACGAGAACAAAGCAGCAGCUAUCCUAGAAGCUUGGCAGAGGACAUACGUAGAGGUUGUUCAUCAAAGUGUUGCCCAGAACUCCACUCAAAAGGUGCUUUCCUUCACCACUACAACCUUGGACGACAUUCUAAAAUCCUUCUCUGAUGUCAGCGUCAUCCGAGUGGCCAGUGGCUACUUACUGAUGCUUGCCUAUGCCUGUUUAACCAUGCUGCGCUGGGACUGCUCCAAGUCCCAGGGUGCCGUGGGGCUGGCUGGCGUCCUGUUGGUUGCACUGUCAGUGGCUGCAGGAUUGGGCCUGUGCUCAUUGAUCGGGAUUUCCUUUAACGCUGCAACAACUCAGGUUUUGCCAUUUCUUGCUCUUGGUGUUGGUGUGGAUGAUGUUUUUCUCUUGGCACAUGCAUUUAGUGAAACAGGACAAAAUAAAAGGAUCCCGUUUGAGGACAGGACCGGGGAGUGCCUCAAGCGCACAGGAGCCAGUGUGGCCCUCACUUCCAUCAGCAAUGUCACUGCCUUCUUUAUGGCUGCGUUAAUCCCAAUUCCUGCUCUGCGAGCAUUCUCUCUCCAGGCUGCGGUGGUGGUGGUGUUUAAUUUUGCCAUGGUGCUGCUCAUUUUUCCUGCAAUUCUAAGUAUGGAUUUAUAUCGACGUGAGGACAGGAGAUUGGAUAUUUUCUGCUGCUUUACAAGCCCCUGUGUCAGCAGAGUGAUUCAGGUUGAACCUCAGGCCUACACGGAGCCUCACAGUAACACCCGCUACAGUCCCCCACCGCCCUACAGCAGCCACAGCUUCGCCCAUGAAACACACAUCACCAUGCAGUCCACUGUCCAGCUUCGCACAGAGUACGACCCUCACACGCAUGUGUACUAUACCACUGCCGAGCCGCGCUCUGAGAUAUCUGUACAGCCCGUCACUGUCACCCAGGACACCCUCAGCUGCCAGAGCCCCGAGAGUACCAGCUCCACCAGGGACCUGCUCUCCCAGUUCUCCGACUCCAGCCUCCACUGCCUUGAGCCCCCCUGCACCAAGUGGACUCUCUCGUCCUUUGCAGAGAAGCACUAUGCUCCAUUCCUCUUGAAACCAAAGGCCAAGGUAGUGGUGAUCCUGCUCUUCCUGGGCUUGCUAGGUGUCAGCCUUUAUGGGACCACUCGAGUGAGAGACGGGCUGGACCUGACAGACAUUGUCCCUCGGGAAACCAGAGAAUAUGACUUUAUUGCUGCACAGUUCAAAUACUUUUCUUUCUACAACAUGUAUAUAGUCACCCAGAAAGCAGACUAUCCUAAUAUCCAGCACUUACUUUACGAUCUUCACAAGAGUUUCAGUAAUGUGAAGUAUGUCAUGUUGGAGGAAAACAAACAACUUCCUAAAAUGUGGCUACACUACUUCAGAGACUGGCUCCAAGGACUUCAGGAUGCAUUUGACAGUGACUGGGAAACUGGGAAAAUCAUGCCAAACAAUUACAAAAAUGGAUCAGAUGAUGGAGUCCUGGCCUACAAACUCCUGGUACAAACCGGCAGCCGAGAUAAGCCCAUCGAUAUCAGUCAGUUGACUAAACAGCGUCUGGUGGAUGCAGAUGGUAUCAUUAAUCCCAGUGCUUUCUACAUCUACCUGACGGCUUGGGUCAGCAAUGACCCUGUUGCUUACGCUGCCUCCCAGGCCAACAUCCGGCCCCAUCGACCUGAAUGGGUCCACGACAAAGCUGACUAUAUGCCAGAAACAAGGUUAAGAAUCCCUGCAGCAGAACCAAUCGAAUAUGCUCAGUUCCCUUUCUACCUCAACGGCCUGCGAGACACUUCAGACUUUGUGGAAGCCAUUGAAAAAGUAAGAACCAUCUGCAACAACUACACAAGCCUGGGGCUCUCCAGCUACCCCAACGGCUACCCCUUCCUCUUCUGGGAGCAGUACAUCAGCCUGCGCCACUGGCUGCUGCUGGCCAUCAGUGUGGUCCUGGCCUGCACGUUCCUCGUGUGCGCCGUCUUCCUGCUGAACCCCUGGACGGCCGGAAUCAUUGUGAUGGUCCUGGCAUUGAUGACAGUUGAGCUCUUCGGCAUGAUGGGCCUCAUUGGAAUCAAGCUUAGCGCUGUGCCUGUGGUCAUCCUGAUCGCAUCUGUUGGCAUCGGAGUAGAAUUUACCGUUCAUGUGGCUUUGGCCUUUCUGACAGCCAUUGGUGACAAGAAUCGCAGGGCUGUGCUUGCCCUGGAACACAUGUUUGCCCCUGUCUUGGAUGGUGCCGUGUCCACUCUGCUUGGAGUACUGAUGCUUGCAGGGUCUGAGUUUGAUUUCAUUGUCAGGUAUUUCUUUGCUGUCCUGGCAAUCCUAACAAUCCUGGGUGUUCUCAAUGGACUGGUUUUGCUUCCUGUCCUUUUAUCUUUCUUUGGACCAUAUCCUGAGGUGUCUCCAGCCAAUGGCCUGAACCAGCUACCUACUCCUUCCCCUGAGCCGCCCCCUAGUGUUGUUCGUUUUGCGGUUCCCCCGGGUCACACAAACAAUGGGUCAGAUUCCUCUGACUCGGAGUACAGUUCUCAGACAACAGUGUCCGGCAUCAGUGAAGAGCUUCAACACUAUGAGGCACAGCAGGGCAUGGGGGGUCCUGCCCACCAAGUGAUCGUGGAAGCCACAGAAAACCCUGUCUUCGCCCGUUCCACUGUGGUCCAUCCUGAACCAAGGCAUCACCCACCCUCCUCAAACCCUCGACAGCAGCCCCACCUGGACUCAGGGUCCCUACCCCCUGGGCGACAAGGCCAGCAGCCCCGCAGGGACACCUCCAGAGAAGGCUUGCGGCCACCCCCCUACAGACCACGCAGAGACGCUUUUGAAAUUUCUACUGAAGGGCAUUCUGGCCCUAGCAACAGGGACCGCUCGGGCCCCCGGGGAGCCCGUUCCCACAACCCUCGGAACCCAGCGUCCACUGCCAUGGGCAGCUCUGUGCCCAGCUACUGCCAGCCCAUCACCACUGUGACAGCUUCCGCUUCUGUCACUGUUGCUGUGCACCCCCCACCCAUUUCUGGACCAGGACGGAACCCCCGAGGGGGGCUCUGCCCGGGCUAUGAAGACUACCCUGAUACUGACCCUGGGCUGUUCGAGGACCCCCACGUGCCUUUUCACGUCCGAUGCGAGAGGAGGGACUCGAAGGUGGAAGUCAUAGAGCUGCAGGAUGUGGAGUGUGAGGACGGGCGCUGGGGAGGCAGCUCCAACUGAGGUGUGUGCUGCCCGGGGGCCGGGGGACCUAGAUGGGGGCAGAUAAAGAAGUUCCUUGGCAGUCUGAGGCUGCAUCUCCCAGGGGACCUUUAAUGACCUGGGCUCUGUUUUCACCACUUGGAGUACCAGUCCUGUUUCAAACUGGGUUCUUCCUCCUUGAUAAGUAACCUCUUAAGAAUUAGUACAACUUAACAAAGACCAUAGCCACUUCACCUUUUACCUACCUAUUUGCCAUUGUUAUUGCAGUGCCAUAACCGCUACACAACACUUUUCACCUGACUGUGUGAUUGCAUCAUGAUGGUGGAAAUUCCUGUACUGCACUUAACACCCUGCCAUCCCUUCAUAAUGCUAAAGAAAAAAAAAAUGAAGUCAAACGUUCCAAAGUUGGGGGCUGUCUGUAUAUGAUAAUGCGUAAUUCUUUCUCUAAGUGACCAUAAAAUGACAUCCUGCAUUGUUUUCUUUUAAAGGGUGAUUAAAAUCUGAAGCAAAGAGGCCAAAGAUUGGAACCCCCCCCCCCCCCCCCCACCUCUGCCCCACCUCUUUCCAGAACUGCUUGAAGAGAGCUGCUUGGAGUUAGGGAGAAGGUGUGCUGCCCUGGAGAGCAGUUCAUUGUUACUGUAACCAAUUGUAUUAUUUUGUUAAAUAUUUCUAUAAAUAUUUAAGAGGUGUACACAUAUGUAAUAUACGAGGGAACAAUGUAAAAUAGAAUGACCUGGGGUUUCUCCACUCCUGCCCCAGAGUGGGGAGGUCACUGGGGAUGGGGUGGGGGACCGCACCCCUCCCUAUUUGUACAUUGAUCUCUGCCACAACCAAGCUUAACUUAGUCUUAAAUGUUCAGCAUAUGUUGCUGCUGCUUAAAUAUUGUAUAAUUUACCUGUAUAAUUCUAUGCAAAUAUUGCUUAUGUAAUAGGAUUAUUUUGUAAAGAUUUCUUUGUUUUAAAAUAUUUUAAAUUUGCAUAUCACAACCCUGUGGUAGUAUGAAAUGUUACUGUUAACUUUCAAACACGCUAUGCGUGAUAAUUGUUGUUGUUUAAUGAGCAGAUAUGAAGAAAGCACGUUAAUCCUGGUGGCUUCUCUAGGGGUAGUUGUUUGGUUAUGUGUGUGUGUAUGUGACCAUGUAUGGAUUUUCCAAUGUACUGUAUUGUGAUUUUUGUUUUAUCUUGUUUAUUUCUCUUUGUUCUCUGUAAUCUGUAGUGGCUUCUCAUCCCAUCAGGCCAGAAGAGUUGGAGUAUCUUUAUGGCUCUGUGCUGGUUGGAGGGGUAUCUCUAAAUAGCCACCUUAUUCUCUGGAAACGGUCCAGGAGAAGCCAGGUGCAACCUCACUUGUUGCCCUCCCAACACCCACCUUGUGCUUCAGAGAAAAUAGGUUUCUUCACAUAGAUUAUUAUGUUGGAUGUUGGAACCUCAGGGUGCAGAGCCAACUGUCUUCAUUGGAGGAAAAGAAUUAGGAACUAUGCCGAGUGGGGAGACCCUGCUAAGCUAUGGAAAUCAGUGUACUCCAGAAAAGUGUGUAGUAUUCUGCCUUGCAUGUGACUUAUGUGCGCAUGUGCACUUACACACACAGCCUCCCACCCCAUGACCCUAAUACAGGUAGAAGAAUCCAUUCAUUCAGGGCUCAGUAAGCCAAGAGAGGACGUUUUGAGGUCCUACAAUUUAAAUUUCCUCUCAAUUGAACAGCUAGUUGAGGAUUCCUAGGUCAGCUUGCUUCUAACAUGGCAGGUGAUGCAGACUCAAGUUCUGAGAUUUUUUGCAGUACAUUCAUGUUAGGUGCACAUUUUUAAAUGAAUAAAAAUGUGGCUUUCCUCCCCUCUCCAUUAUGAUUCUUUCAGUGCAACUUUUUUUUUUUUUAAGAGAGCUAGGAUGCUAAUUACUUAUACUCCAGAAUGUAUAUGGAGUCAUCUCUUGCUCUGAAGUUUGAGACUCCUUCACCUCUAACCUUAGACUAGCAAAUGUUAGGGAAGCAUUGUCCAGCUCCCUUUCCCAAUCAGCACCAACAACCUGUCUGGAAAGGACCCAUUGCUCGUGUGUGUGUGUCAGCCUAAGCUACUGCGAGGGGGGCUCUGUAGGCUGCUCCUGCUCCUCCCUUGUGCCCUCUGUGGAAAACCUUAAUGCAAUGGGCCCCCAGUAGUACCAGCAGGAUAGUGACCUCAGACCCUAAAACUCACCACAAAACUGUAAGGUACUAAUUGGAAGCCACCUGUGGCUGCCAGGUGUGUGUAUUAAUAGGCCAGGGGCCCUAGCUCUACCCCACACUGCUCAUGUCUUGGUGCCUGUCAGCCAUACUGUCUGCCUACCUAACACCAGCUCUGCUCAGAGAAUUUGUUUCCUGAGGUGAGGAGAGAGAUUGAAAAUUCUCAAGAUGGCUUUCCUGCAGCUCUGGCUGUUCCCCUCACUGCCCCUAACUCCUUUCCUGAGCCUAGCUUGUAUGGCACGUGAGGGCCUGUGCAGCCUAUUCAUUUCUGUUGAGCAUAGAACUUUCUUCAUAGGUCUCAAUGGACAAGGAAAACUUGAGCUAGUAGGAAAUUUUCUCUCUCUCUCCCUCUUUCCCUCUCUCCUUCUCUCCCUCUCUCCCUCUCUCCCCCACCCUUCCCUAAAAG